AUGCUCGACCUAGAAUGUACCGGUAUCCUUCCCAACCCAUGUAUCCUCCAAAUCGGCGCCGUACACUUCGACCUUGACACCGGAGAAGAAUACUCGCAUUUCUGUACCCCAAUUGGCCUUAAGUCAUGCGAAGAUGUGAAGUUGCAAAGUACUGAGCAAACUAUGGAGUGGCUUCUUGAAAAUUCGCCACAAGUACUGCAGGACAGUAGGAACAGCGAAGUCACGAUUUUCCAGGCGCUGUUUCGAUUCAAUAAUUUCCUGAGGAAGGCUCUUAGGACGAAUAGGCAUCGUCUGGAGGAGAUGGGUCGCUUGUAUGCUUCUGAUAUGUCUGAGCUGAUGGUAUGGGGAAAUGGUGCCGUGGCGGAUAAUAUAUGGAUAAAUUCAGCAUAUGCAGCAUGCGGAAUGGCUGACCGCAAGCCUUGGACCUACAAGAACGACAUGUGUGUGAGGACUUUAGUCCGAACAGCAGGCGAUAUCCUUGGGAGAGACUUUUCUAGAGAAGAGCCUUUUCAGGGUACCAGACAUGAUGCUCUUGAUGACUGUAGGCACCAGAUUCGAUACAUGGUAAAAGCUAGAAAUGCGAUGAAAUCGCUUUCAGAGAAGCCAAAACUGAGUUCAAAUGUUUUGACGACGCUUACAAUCGGGGAAGAACAAGAUAUAGAGGAGACGGAUGCAAAUCAUGACGAUGCGACAACGCUUUCUGAUCCUGGAAUUCGCGAGCCGAGCUUACCACCGAACGACGUUACAACAAUCACAGAGGCUGUGAAAGUCUUAUCCACAGUUCCUCAACAGCUCGAAUCAACCGCGGUCACAAACAUAUCUCUAGAGAAGAUCCCAUAUCCUCAGGAGCCUGCAACAGAUUUCCAAGUUUCAUCAUCAACAGAAGAAGUCCUUGGACCAUCGCAGGAUUUCUUUCGGGCAGACGAAGACGAGGAUGAUGCUGAUAUGGACGCUUUAUUGCAAGCAGCAUUUGAAGUAUACGAAGAGGAGCGAACCCCAAGAAGCAGUCAAGUUGAUACGAUGAUAUUACCCGACUCCUCUCAUCAAUCAUUACCGACAAUCCAGGAGAGGGUGGCGGACGAGAAUGGCUGUGGGCAGCAGUCUACAGAAGCCUCAGCGCUGAAACUGUCGGAACAGUUGAAGAAAAUGACAGUGUCUUGA